UAUCUGCAAGGAUUGUCUUCACUGAAGGCAGCCACCAGCCCCGUUCUUCAGUUUCAAGCCGAAUUCGGCCGAUUGCGAGUCGAAUUCCUGUCGGCGUGCUCUCAACUUGUCCAGGCUUGUCGAACGCUUCAGACAGCCCCGCCGUCGGCCAUCGCUCACGCCGUAGUGGCUGCCACCCGAGAGAGACGAACUGCAGCGCUGCGGUCGAAUUACUCACCAGCUGAGGAAGUCGGUGUUGGUGCUCCGGCAGGUGGCCGAAGUCUGUCCAAGCUGGGACAGAGCGCCUUCGACGCCGACCAGGAGAGCCUCACGAAUUUGCAGCUAUAAAAACAGACGGCCUUGAUCAUGACCCAGACGGUCGAGUCCACCUACCUCCGGGCGUCUCAGCAAGGCGUUAUGACUGUCGAAGACGAUUUGCCCAUGAUCAACAAGACGGUGCAAGAAGAUCACGUCGCUGUGCGGAGUAUGGCCACUCGAUGCGCUGAAGCUGUCCAUCUCGUAAGACGUUUCCGCGAUGGCAACCCUGAUUUGAAACUUAUUAAUCACUUGAACGUUGGAUGCAUCUUGGAUUGCUUGAAGUUACUCAUAGAAACACCUCUUUGCUUUCCGAGGUUCAUGCUCCAGACUCUGCAGACCACUUCCAUCAAGUUGGCGGUGAGCCCUCAGCCGAGAGUAGCCGGAGAGGCGAUAACGACAACCAUUGGCUCGCAGUUGGCCGUUAAAGUGGUAGGUAUUGUCCAGGUUACUUCCAGCCCGCGAUAUUUUGUACGGAGAGUACGUCCGAGUCGUUCAAGUGACAAUACAAUCGAAUCCUACUACCCGACAGUCGGAUCGGAUGACAAGGUAUAGAACCGGUUGCCACUCGCGCCAACGGGAGAAAAAUAAAAAUAACGAAACAACGCAACAACAACAACAACCCGCCAGGUGGCAGUUAUCGGUCCGUGACCGAGCCCGAGUGAAAUUUCUUUUCGGCG